UUGGUUGUUUCCCCUCUGCCUCGCUUUUGGCAGUUUGAGGGCGAGUGUUUAGUAAGCUACGGCUAGCAUCAAUCAUUGCGGAGCAUUUACCCGGCUGGUUUAAUUACAGACAUUUUAUAUAUGCAUGGACUGGACUCGUGUUUUCACCACGAAAACACGAGUUUUCCAUACGAUAUGAGAUAACGCGUAGUGAUAAGUGAUAUUAGCCUUGCAAACGCUGUUCAGGUAGUGGGAACAGUGUGCUCUUGAAGCAUUCUGCAGCUGUUUUCUGUAAUUGGAAGCACUGCUCUCGGGAUUAUGUCGGCUGUGUUUGGUAGGGAGACGAGAAGGGACAUGUAUGUUUAAAGUCUUACAGAGAGAAGAAUUCAGCAGUGAGGCGUAAUGGAUAGCAGACGGGAAAAGAAGCUGACAUAUAUCACCAUCGGACUUAUUUUUCUUCUCAGCGGCGUGGAAUAUGCUGUAAUUUUGCCCACAAUAUGGCGUUUCUUGCAGACUCUGGAUGCAGCACCUUACUUUCUGGGAUUGGUCCUGUCAGCAUUCAGUCUGAGUGGCCUACUGUCUGGACCACUGUUUGGCCACUGGUCCGACAGAACCCGAUCAACAAAGAAGAUCAUAUUGUUUGCCAACAUCUUUGAGAUAGUUGGUAAUUUUAUGUACUUGAUGGGAUACUCAAAGUGGCUUCUGCUGUCAAGCAGACUGGUAGCAGGCAUCGGUGCAGGCGUUAGCUCGUCCAUCUUUGGCUUCUUAACCAGAAGCACGGCCCCAGAGGACCGUGCCACUGUAUUUGCUGCUUUCAUGGCGUGUCGGCAGGCUGGACUUGUGAUUGGUCCAGCAUUUAACAUCUUUCUGAGGUUGUGUGAUUUCCACCUGGGUCCUUUUGUAAUCAAUAAAUACACUGCACCCGGGCUGUUUAUGUGUCUGCUGUGGAUUCUCCUUCAAUUCGUGGUUGUUUUCCUGACUGUGGACCUACCACCCGUUGAGAAGAGGAAAGCCAGGGAUGGUAUGACGCGAAAGAACCAAGAGGAAGAGAAUGAGAAAAGCCUUGUGGAAGACGUAGAAGAGAGCGAUGAAGAGGGAAAGCCCCUAAUAGUGUCUCAGGAGCUGAUGGGGUCCUACGGCUCUGUCGUGGCUUCCAGUCCACCCAGGAACACUACGCUGAAUCCGAAUCCUUCACCUCAUUCUCCUGUUUCACCAGCAGAGGCUUCAGGUGUCUUUAAGAAUUUCAGCAUAUCUCGAGAGUUCCUGAGAGAAGAGGUGAUUGUGCUGCUGGCUGCCCAGUUUGUCACCUUUUUCAAUCAGACAGCCCUGGAGACCAUGGUGACCCCUCUGACGCAGAAAUAUUUCAGCUUUGGGGAGCUGGAGAACAGCGUGAUGUACUUUCUUGGUGGUGUAGUGGUGAUUGCCGGCUUCCUGUUUGUGCGCUGGCUGAGCCGCCAUGUGACGGAACGGGUGAUCCUCGCCAUUGGUCUGUGCAUGUGCAACAUCUCCUGUAUCUGGUGCCUCAUCUUCUUGGCUAAGCCGCUAGGUGGCUUUGCAUGGCAGCUGACAGAGUUCAUCAUUGGGGUAUUUCUGCAGAUUUUGGGUUUGCCGUUUGUGUCUGUUGCGCAGGUUUCUCUGUUUUCCAAAAUUACAGCUGAGAAAACACAAGGUUUCAGUCAGGGAAUACGUCGUUCAGUGGGGGGUCUGGCCACCAUUCUGGGCCCACUAUGGGCUGGAGGCCUUACCGAGAACAUGUAUGUCAUGAUGGGGAUGAUGACUGUACUGCUGGUCCUGCUAACGAUGAUGCUGGUCUACUCAUACAGCCGACUGGUGGAACCUGCUGCACAGGAGCAAAUGGACAAUUCGGAAAACUUUAAUUAGCAAGUGGCUGUUAGAGGAAAAGUGGUUGAAGGAGAACAGUGUGAGCUUCGCGAUCUGUACUUUCUGUCCCUCAUCAGUCUCACUUUCUGCAGACCAUCAUUGUAGAGUAGUGUCACGCACCAGAAGCACAAAGCUCAUUCUGUAGGGGUUGGAUUUGUCUGUGCAGAGGCUGAUCUGAUGCUGUUUAGUUCACUAUAUUUCCUAUGGAAAUAUACAGAGUUCUGCUGUUCAUGCAAGAGUUGGAUAAAAAGGUUUGUACCAACAUCCUACCUGUGCUGAAGCACAGGUAGGAUGUUGGUACAUGUUGGAUCCUACCUGUGCUGUGAUCACACAUCAUGCUAACUGUUAAUUUGAUGAAUAUUCCAAAUGUUUUACAUUUGCAUCAGAGGACCAUAUAUGAAUAUAUAUUAAGCACUGACAUGAUUUGCAUUAUUCAAGGUGUUUAAAGUUUUGUGACCAUUGUGGGAUUAAUUUGCUGACUCCCUGAAUUUUUUUGAGGGUGUUUUUAGGGUUUAGGAAUUACAGCUUCUUAAGCUUUUGCCCCCUUUUUUGUUUUUUCCGGGGGACUAAAGGUAAUUUGCUCAAUUGACCUUUUUCAUGGACAGGUGUAAACUAUUCUUUCAUUAUUUUUUGCAUUGGUUAAACAGUUAAAAGCUCCUAAGUUGAUUUCAAAUGCAGUAUUUGGAUUUUGAACUAUGCAUGUGAACUUGGAAUCAACAGAGAUAAAUGUUGGAUAGGCUGCAAAAACAACUCUAUUGUAGAGAUAACAGCAACAUUAGGAUUUGCGAAAUCAACAGUAUGAUGGAUAUAUGAAAAUAAAGAUACUGGUGAGCCACAGAAGACAUCGGCGGUAGAUCCGCGCACGUGUGUCACUGUCAUUGACUGGCUAGUCUGUAACUGGAAGACUUCACAAGGGUAGGCUUUAUCGGCUUCAAGAAUAGAAAGGCCAAAAUCUAAAAUGAUGAUUUUUAUUUUAAUUAUGAUUACAACAAUUUUUACAAUUACGUGGUGCCUCUGAAAACAGGGGACUGUAAAUGAAAAUCGCUGUAAUUACUCAAAGACAUAAAAGCUUUAAAGAUUUCAAUUUCAUCUCAAAUCUGUUGUAAAAAAUUACAACUGAAAAAAUAUCACUGUCUAAAUGUUUCCUACUGAAACAUAAUGAUACCAUGACCUAUUGACCUUCUGUUGUGAUAAAGAAUAUUAAUAUGUUAUUAAUACCAGUACAGUACAGAGAUUUUAAAGGCAGGCCCUUUUGUCUGAAAUAGCAGAAGGAUUUAGAACUUUAUUUUUAUUUUAUUUUAUUUUUUUUAAAUUUACAGUAAUUUAAUUACAGUUGAUCAAAUGAAAUAUUCAGCUUUUGAUGACACUGUUUUACAUUCUUCUCAUAUUGUAUUUAUUAAUUUAACAAGCGCUUAAACACAUUGCCGAUAUGUUUUUUUUUAAUGUCACAGUAAGUGAGACAAUAGUUAAACACUAAAUAAUCAGAAAUAAUUACAACAACUAAUACAAAGAAUCUUUUUUUCAUUGGAAAGAACUACGAAGUACACAUUGCUAAUAUCAUGAUGCUGAUUUCAUAUAUAUUUUCAACACUGGUGGGCGCUCUUAGUCUUUGAAAUAUUUCAUUCUUAUUGCUGCAUGACUGGUAUGUGAUCACAAGGAGUUGAGUCCACUGUUAGAAGCUGGGGUUUUUUGUGUGUGUGUGUGUGUGUGUGUUUUAAUAAACAUCAGCACUGUUAGAGUUGCUUUAGGUACAAGGCAGUGCUAAAACAGGCACUACACUUUUUGCAAGCAUUUAUGUUGUUUGUCUCGUAAUAAUUUCUUCACAUUUUACACUAAACUCACCAAAGCGAUGUUAUGAACCGAGUAUUCUUUAUUUCAUAUUUAUUUUUCAUUAUUUAUUUAUUUUGUUUUGUUGCCUCGCAAAAUGUACAUGACCUUCUUUGUACCAUUGUCUUUAAAUAAAAAAGAUGAACUUCA